AUGGGAACGUUGCUAAAUGACCCCGCCAUCUGCAGGUUCCUUUCCCUGCUAACCAACAAGCCUGGUCAGUUCGCACAGGUCGCUGAACCAGCUGCUGCAGUCGCCGAUACUCCAGCAGCACCCAACAACGACGACUCGGUCUCCGAUACCAGCGUCGUGGAAGUCAUCGCCGUCACUUCCAAGCCAACCAACAAGGUCCUCAAAAAAACUGGAGUUGCCGUUGCGGUCAAACAAGAAAGCAAGCUUGCCGGGAAUGACAGCUCGAAGCUCGACGCCGACAAGUCUGUUCUAGUUCGAUGCCGUCCAACUCAAGACAGCAGUCGCAACCUCACAGUCGAAAUGGUCGGGAAACGUUGGUUCACCGACUUCCUUGAAACCCACCAGGUCGAAGAUCGUGGUCUGAGUGAACUCGACAUUGAGACCAAAAUUGGAGGGCGCUCCAAGGUCAUCUCCAAGCUAGUGGAUUUCAUGAAAGAUACAGUGUACAAGACUCGUAUCCCUUCUGUCACGAAACGUCGAACUGGUCUCCAGCAUUUCAUGCGCAUGGGAGUUCAACUUUGGAGUCUCACCAUUGAAGAACAGUGCGAGGUGCUCUCCCAGCAGGAGCACGUCAAGUGCUACACCGCUUCUGAGAGUGACUAUGAAUGGAACGACCCUGAGAAGCCAUUCAUUGAAGCUGACGACAGUGACAAGAACGAGGACGAAGAUGAGGAGCAAGUCGAGUACGAGGAAGAGGCUUAA